AUGGCGCCAAGCGCAAAAGUCGCCCAGGCCCUCGUCCAGGCCGAGGCGGCGGCGGGCGACAAGGCCCCCGUCUACGAAGCCCUCCUCUCCAACGUCGGAAGCCUGUCCUCGCCGGGCGCCGCCGUCGACGACCUCAACGCCAUUGCCGACUCGUUCCUGGGCCAGGCCCUCGGGGUCGUCGCCACGAGAUCGGUCCUGAGCGCCUUCGUGUCCACCCUCAAAGCGCUCGGAAACGACGACCACCUGUGGAUCCAGGUCGGCACGCGCACCCUGUCGGCCCUCUCGUCGCAGCCGUCGUCGUUCCUCGACGCCGCCGCCGCCCUGGGCGAGCUCGUGGCCACCGCCCACGAGGCCAACCAGGACUUCCUCGAGGCCGCCAAGGCCCUCGCCGACAUGCCCCUCGACAACGCCCAGCGCAAGGUCACCGACGAGGACAAGGCCAGGGUGUGGAUCCGCAUCGUGCGCAACUACCUCGAGGUGGACGACUCGACCGCCGCCGAGACGUACGUCAACAAGCUCAAGAACAUGAUGCACACGGUAUCCGACCCGGACCUGGACCUGCACUUCCGCCUGUCCCAGGCGCGCAUCCAGGACGCCCAGAGGAGCUUCCUGCCGGCCUCGCAGCGCUACCACGAGAUCAGCCUCUCGCCCGCCGUCGCCGAGGAGGAGCGCCUGCACACGCUGAGCAUGGCCAUCAAGUGCGCCAUCCUGGCCCCCGCCGGGCCCUCGAGGAGCCGCAUGCUCGGGCGGCUGUACAAGGACGAGCGGGCCGCCCAGCUCGACGAGUUCGGCAUGCUCGAGAAGAUGUUCCUCGACCGGCUGCUGUCCCCGGCCGAGGUGGACAAGUUCGCCGAGGGCCUGCAGCCGCACCAGCUGGCCACCACGGCCGACGGCUCGACCGUGCUCGCCAAGGCCGUCGUCGAGCACAACCUGCUGGGCGCUUCGCGGCUGUACACCAACAUCCGCUUCGAGGCCUUGGGUUCCCUGCUGGGGCUGGACCCGGACAAGGCCGAGGAGACGACGGCCCGCAUGAUUGAGCAGGGCCGGCUGGUGGGACGCAUGGAUCAGCUCGACGCCAUCGUCUGGUUCGAGGGCGGGGAGGCGUCGGGCGAAAGGGGCAGCGGCAGGGCCGAGGCCGUUGCCGGCAAGGAGAUUCGAAGAUGGGAUGCCAACGUGGAGAGUCUGUCCGAGGAGGUUGAGAACGUGACCAAUUCUUUGCAAAGGAAGUUUCCGGAUUUUGUGGCAGCCAAUCUGGUUGUGUGA